AUGAGCCCUAAGAAGCGCAGGUCACAGAAGAUCGCGUUCGAUGAGAAGAGUAAUAUGAAAAUUGAGCACUAUUUCUCUCAGGUCAGUAAAAACCAAGAGAAUAAUUCCAGUAUUCCUCAAAUGAAGAUGGGCUCUAAAAAAGGUCCAAAAGAUAUAACUAACACCCAGGCUCAAGGACCCAAAGACCAGACCAUGCCCCCAAACAAGACAAUUAACAUCACCCUGGCUGUGAACCGCAGGAAGCACGUGCUCACACAUAGUGCAGGGGAUAGCUUAUACGCAGCACUCAACACUCUAAAGGCUGUCGAGAAGGAACUAAAAACUCAGCAGGGCAAAGAAAUGCUCGUGCUUGGCACGGAAGGAAUUGAAGGCUACAUAAAUCUUGGAAUGCCCCUCAGUUGCUUUCCUGAAAGCUGCCAUCUGCUAAUCACAUUUGCCCAGAGUAGAAGUAGGCAGAAAGAAGGGAGCCAGGUAUUUGGCCGGCAUGACAAGGUGUCCCCUGACUGUGUCAAAUUUUAUAUUCAUGCAAUUGGGAAGAGAAAGAAAAAGAUAGUUAAGUGCAGGCAUCUUCACAAAGAAGGGUGCAAACUCUGCGUCUACGCUUUCAAAGGAGAAACCAUCAAGGACGCUGUGUGCAAGGACGGAAGGUUUCUCCCCUUCCUGGAGAAGGAGGACUGGAGACUCAUCAAAAAUCUGGACUCCAUUCUAGAAAGUACACAGACUGUUGACAACCUGGAAGGUGAGCUCUUUGAGGUUGAAGUUGAGAAAAGCACGGGCUCUGGAGCCGGAGCUGCUCAGAAUUUGGAGUCAGAGGAAAGACACACCUCUGUGUUGAGAGAAGAAAUUGUGGCUCAGUACCCCAGUCUGAAGAGAGAAAGUGAAAAAAUCAGAGACAACUUCAGGAAGAAAUUGGAAAAUAAAAAGAACAAAGCAUUUUUUAAAUUGCAAGAAGUAAAUUUUGGGAAACUGACAAAAAACUCUACCCUGGUAAAAAUGCACAAACUUCUUUCUCAUCUCAGUGACUCAGUUGGGUACUUGUCAUGGGACAACAAUGGAAAUAGGGGUUCUGCCACCUGCUUUGUUUUUAAUAGGUUGUUCAUUUUAACUUGUCGGCACACAGUAAAUGACAUUGUGGGAAAAGGAAUAGAUCCAAGUAAGUGGGCAUACAUAAUUGGUCAGUGCGUAAGGGUGACGUUUACUUAUGAAGGGCCCCCUGAGAAAGAAGAGAACUGCUUUUUCGUUGAGCCUUGGUUUAAGAUAUCUGAUGCAACUCUUGAUUAUGCCAUUCUGCAACUGAAGGCAAAUGGACAACAAGUACCUUUGGGACUCUAUCAUAGAAUUGCCCCUGCACCACUUAGUGGGCUGAUAUAUAUCAUUGGCCACCCAUAUGGAGAGGCAAAGUCUAGUGAUGCUUGCACUGUGAUCCCUCUGGAGCAGCGAAUAGGGAAAUUGCAGGAACAUCUUCAGGCUAGAGAGGGAGAGGGUAGCAGUGAUGACAUGCAAUAUAUCCAUAUGUACACUCAAAGAAGCUUCCAAUACAUCGCUCAUGAUCCUGAUGUGAUUACCUAUGACACCUCUUUUUACUUUGGGGCUUCUGGCUCCCCAGUGUUUGAUGCAAAAGGUUCAUUGGUAGCCAUGCAUACUGCUGGCUUCGGUUAUAAGUACCAAAGUGGGUUAUCUCAUGUUGUUGAAUUUGGGUGUACUAUGGAAUCCAUCCUCCUUGAUAUGAAGAAAAACCAUGGACAGUGGUUUACAGAAGAAUAAUGUAUAAAUCAGCAGGAUGUGGAAAUGGUGAGUGAUGAGGAUUGA